AUGAAUAAUAACACCAGGUCAUGCACCGGUUAUUCGACGAGCAGUAUUUUCUCGGACGAGACCGAUCUCGCCUCGGACAUUGAGGCAGACUUGCAGGAGCUACCAACGGGUAGUGAGGAGGCAGACACGGACGUUGUCUCCUUCAUUGGUAGCACCACCAACAGCUUCGCUUCACCGCCGUUCGCCGGUAGCUUCUUGUCCCUUCUCUCCGAAUCGUCUGCUGCGCUUCCUUUUUCGGAGGAUGAGGCACUGAUCCAGUCGUCGUCACAACAACAGCAUAUCUAUCUCCGCGCUGUUUCCCUCAAGGGUGUGCACACUCGUCUCCUUAAUGCGCAGUUGAGAGAGAAUUGCGGUUCACCUAGCUGCAUUUCGUUGCAGAAUUUUGUUGCGGUCGGGACGAACAAUGGUUUCAUCUUUGUUUUUGAUCGCCGUCAGGAACUGCGACUCUGUAUCGACACGAGCACCACUGAAGUGGGUUCAGGCCAGGGUCCAAUCACCUCAUUAAGUCAGAAUCUCUCGAGUAGUCGUCUACUCAGCGGUUUCGCCAGUGGGCGCAUUGUGAUGUGGCAAUUGACCAAAGGCGACAGCACCACCACCAUCUGCGAGGACAUCGAAAAUGACGAUGGGGGGGAGGAAAAAUCUCAUCUGGAAGUUGGAGAAGCCAAAACGAAGAAUCAAUGGGCUGGUAUUUCUCUUCGCAUCAUUGACGAUGCUCAUGCGAACGGACAAUCUGUAAUCCUCUGCGCUUUCACUUCACUGCCAACCGUGGCGGUUUCGGUGGAUAGCAGCGGCUCUGCCUACGAGAUGGACUUUAGGCGGGGCAUUCUGGGUCGUAGCACUCUAUCAGCUUGCUUCUUUUCGGGCAGCCACGGAGAGAUCUGCGCAAUUUCUCCUCUGCGUCCUACUCAUGCAAGCGAUCUACUACAGAACUAUCAACGUCAGCCUGUUCUUCGUGCCCUUCUUGGUUCCGCUAUGGUUGCUAUGGCCUCCUUUACCAAGGUCAUUGUCAUUGUACUAAAGCCCAAAUUUCGUGUCAUCUUUUGGCAACAUCUCAAGGGUCCGCCCUCCUGCCUACCCCUACUGGCAUGGUGUUGGUGCAUGCCGGAUGCGACGGAGUCCAAGUCAGACGAGAGUGCCGCUUUUUUGGGCUUCGCUCGCGCCUCUACGCUCUACAUUGCUCGCAUUUCCACGCGUCCACUCAGUCCUCAUGCUGAGGUCCCCUCAGACGCUUGCGUCUUCGGCCUCAGAGGGCGACAGUUCCUUCACCAAUUCCAACUUCUUCGGACAAUCUCUCUUGAUCGGCGCAUUGUCGCCCUCCAUCUCUUCACCCUGGAUCAUCUCGCUAUCCUGGACUCCGAGGAAAUAUUGCGAUUGUAUGACGUAUCAACCGAACAGGAAGUGGAGUCUCUCAACCUCACGACUAUUGAGAUCAGCUAUAAUUCGAGCGCUUUCAAGGCUCUCGCCAUCGGAGCAACUGUCAGCGAAGCUUUGGCAAGUUACUUUGUGGACUUUACCUGUGCUAGUGAACGUGCCUGCGCCAAUUCAAUCACCUCAGCUGGUGGGAAGUUGCUGGUGUUGGGCAAAAACGGGAUUUCAAUGCUCGUACUUAAAUCGUGGAAGGAGCGAGCAAUCAGCCUCUUUAGAGCUGGACGCAUCGAAGAGGCCCUAACGAGUUGCCGACAGGUGCUACAAGAGGGCUCCCCGACUCCUGAUUUACAAGAAUCCCUUCUCCAAGUUUUAACUCAUAUGCCUCUUGCCCAGGCCAAAUGUCGUCCCACACCUCCAAUCGUAUCCACUCUUGUUGAGAUUUGCGUUAUGGCAGAUCUCAUACUGAUGCAACUGGUUCUUGCACUUAGGAAGUUCCUCACUACUGUCGUGAUUCCUGUGUAUCGACGGGACGCACUGACAUUUCCUCUGCUUCUGCGAUGCCUUUGCACUCGUCUUCUACAAGUCCGACCCAUCUACGCGGCAUCCGAUAAUGGUGAUGACGAAUGUUGUCUUCGGCACCUUCCUCCCGACAUUGGCAUGGAGUUGCUGACCUGGUGUGUCUGUGGGCCGAACAUCGUUCCGUCCAUUGCCUCUCCUGCCACUGUCAGCCUGACUUCGCAGAGCCUGUCAGAACGGAGGCCUUCGAAUCAUCUACAGCAGCUGCUCUCACGAGUGGAAAAUGGUCGUCCACUUGCUGAGUCGUGUCUUGUGCGCUUCUCUCCGUCCAGUCUCAGUAUUGACACGGUUCUCAAAUUCUGCCUCUCUAAUGGUCUCUACCAGGGCUUUAUGUACGUUUAUGCAUACGUGCUGAAAGACCACGAGGCGGCUUUCCGAUGGCUGAUGGAUCUGCUAAUUAAGAAGACGCAAUCACAUGCCGAACGAAAGCCUUCUCUGGAUACUUCACCGUCUUUUUCUGAUCAUUCCACUGCUUCGUUCGAGUCUUUGGAUAAUCUCGACACCAGUGAAGCUGUCAAUACCAUCCUCCUCUUCCUCCGUUCCUGUUUUGCCGGCGAGGAAGUCUUCGGCAUACCUCUCGACCCAGAAUUUUACGCAGAUGUCCCCAACAAGAUAUUCAACCUCCUCCUCUCCUCACACAUCUCCUCACCAGAACAUCAACAAAAAUCCCUCUUCUCACACCACACUAGCUUAACCACCUCUGCUAUGCCUCGUCUUCGCGCCCUUUUGCAUUUUGGUGGCACUAUUGAUCUCCUAAAUAUGCUCACACUGGUUCUACGCGAAAGUCCCUUUUUCUCCAUGCAUCAGCCCUCUCUUGAUCUUGGUUGUCAGCGUAGACAGCGCCUAUUCAAUGCUCUUGUGACAUGCGCUCUGGACGAGGCUGGGGAGGCUUUGCUGCCAGUUGAUUCUGCCGAUGUAACACGUCUACUGUGUUUUAUCGGGGAACAGAUUCUUCUUCCAGAAAAUGCCUCUCUCGCUUUUGGAAGCCAGAAGAUAUUUAAGAUGCUGGAAUAUCUUUCUAAACGUAUUAGUUUUUGUGAGGUAACUAAUCUGCCUCUAACGGAGCUCUCCGACGUUCUCUACCGGCUUCUGUUUUCGGGACGUCUAGACGCCUCACGGGACUUGCUCGAGGUGGCAGAAAACGUUGGCCUGAGUGACUUCUGCGAGCAGGUCUACCGCAGCCAAGGCAAAGUGGAGGCGGUGCUCUCCUGUCUCCUCACUAGCCUCCAACGUGUGAUCUCCGUCCAACCGGUGCGCGACACUGUGCAACUUCAGGACCUUGUUUCUCGGAUCUUUGUCUUUCUCAGUGACUGUCUCGCCUCACCCGCGGAGACGGGGAAUAGUUUCGCGCCACUAGUUAACCGGUUUCUCAAAUUGGUGGAGCCCUAUGCCCAUUUGGAUCCGCUACGUUCUCUGAUUCUCCUGAUGCAAGCAAUCGGUCCCUCAAUGCGACGCAUCCUGUACGCUUUGGACACCAUUUUCAUGAGUGAUGACCCCCUUCCUCGUAAUCUUCUCUCUCACCCUACCUCCUCCCAACCCUCUCAAAUACCCUUCGAUGAGAUGGUUCCUUUAGUUGUCGAGGGACCUCAUCACCCUGCUGCCAUCCUCAUUCUUGAGCCGUUCUACGAACUGCUGCAUUCUGAGAUGCCGGAACUGGAGCAAGAGAAUAUGAUCGCUACAUUGGCGGGAAACACAAAUCUUCGUCUGGCACUGGACGAACUAUUGUCGAAACCAGACCCCCUAGUGGCCGAGCUCUACGUGCGACUCCUCCUUGCAAGUAACCAACGCGAGAGAGUCUGCGAGUUCCUUACUCUCAACAGGGAGUACCGAGCCUCUGUUCUCCUUGAGCUACUGGACGAGGAAACCUACCCCCAGGAACUUGCUUGUAUAUACGAGAAGAUUGGAGACAAGGAGAAAGCAACCUAUCUCCUAAAAAAGGACUUUCUUGCUUACUGGAACCGUCUUGUUGAUUGCUGCAGCACUGCCCCCACCUCGAAAAAUAGUGGCUGGGUCGAGGACUGCAAACAGGUGCGCUCACGUGCCGACGCCUGGUUCGCUUUCACUGCCCGCCAGUGCUCUAGCAAACGUUCAUCUGUCAACGAGCCGUCCUGGUAUGACAUUAUCGAUGCCCUCUCAGCUCUUCGAAAACGGCAGCUCUCGGACCAGCUAACGUCAGAACUAAAUGGCAUCUUCCAUAAAGUGUUGGAGUCCGCCAGUCCUUAUGUCCCUAUUCCCGCUCUCAUCAAUCGCGUUUUACAGCUCUCUGACGCCACAGUGGCUUCGUUCGGUUCAGCAACGAACCGUUUUCUGCUUCAACUGGUGGGUGUGUGGCAGAAGGAGGUGAGUCUUAUGCAGGAUUGCCAUCGCCUCAUGGCGAGUGACAUCAACGCGCUCGAGCAGCUUCUUGUAAGAGCUCUGAAACGUGGGUUGGGGCUGCGACGCUACAGCUGCGCCCUGUGUGGCCUCACGUUCGCUCGAAGGUGUGGUCAUGGUGUCCACGUUGACUGCUAUGAGAGCUGUCGAGAUCGCCACAAGAGCCAUCUGCCAGAGGAUAGACCGUUUGUCUGCCUACAGUGCACCAACCUCCUCGACCCCUCGGCUCCACCGCCCCUUGCUGGUUGGAGUGGCGGUGAGGCGAAUGGAGACUUCACCGCAGCCACCACCCGGUCACCGUCGGCCUUUCCCUCCCACCUUCUCGACGCACACGACGAAAUCCAAGUCGAUAACAUUCGCCCUGAUCGAGUAAGGACCCUUGGUCGGUGUCGAGUGUGGCACUGCAGUGCCCGAGUGAAUAAUAGUUUUUGGGCGAACGCCGUGACAUUUUAA